AUGAAAUCGAUUAAUUUUAUUACCGGGAAUAAAAACAAACUUUCUGAGGUUCAGGCUAUACUAGGAGAUGCUAUCGAAGUGCAAAAUGUGCCAGUUGACCUGCCCGAGCUGCAGGGCUCCGUGGAAGAAAUAGCACUACAAAAAUGUCGGAAUGCAGCCAAGGAGGUAAAUGGGCCAGUUCUAACGGAGGACACAGCCUUAGAGUUCAACGCCCUAAAUGGCUUGCCGGGUCCCUAUAUGUAUGGGGAAUCUGUAUUUCAUGAAAACAAUGCGACUUUUGGCUGA